GCGACUGGUUGGAUCAUGGAGAUAUGGAUGAAAAUGACAAGAUGUUGUUGGAAAAAUUGAAGCAACCUUGUGAUAAGGCUGAAGAUUGCUUAAAGACGAAUUACUAUAGAACCAAAAGGGUCACAGAAGCACUACUUCCCCUCCUUCAGCUGUCCAAUUCAGCAAGAAUAGUUAAUGUCUCUUCUUUAGGAGGACAGCUCAAGUUUAUAUACAACAAGAAGAUUAAAGCAGAAUUAGAUAACAUCGACGAUCUAACAGAAGAGAGAUUAGAUGAGCUGGUGGAAUGGUAUCUCAUGGAUUUAAAGGAGGAUGUGUUGGAGGCUAAUGGCUGGCCAUUAACUAUAUUAGCAUAUAAAGUCUCCAAAUCAGCCAUGAAUGCAUAUACAAGGAUUCUUGCCAAGAAGUUUUCCAAAUUGGACAUAAACUGUGUUAAUCCUGGUUAUGUGAAAACAAACAUAACAGGUAACACAGGGAUAUUGACAGCUGAAGAAGGUGCUAGAGCACCUGUCAAGUUGGCUUUGUUAGCUGAUGAUGGCCCUUUUGGGCUCUUCUUUGAUCAGAUGGAAGUCUCUACCUUCUAAUCCAA